CAAAGCUAGGGGAGCCUCCGCCAGCUCCGGCGGGCAGCGGGCGCUGGAGCGCAGCGCAGCUCAGCGCAGCCCCAUCCGUACGCAGAGCGGACCGAGUUAGAAGCCGAGCGCUGUUGCCGGCGGCGGCGGGAGAUGAGGGCAGGUGCUGCCUGCAGCGUCAUGGACCGGCUGCGUCUGCCGCUGCUGCUGCUGCUGCUACUGCUAGGGGUGUCCUUUGGAGGUGCCAAAGAGACGUGUUCCACGGGCCUGUACACCCACAGUGGAGAGUGCUGUAAAGCCUGCAACUUGGGCGAAGGUGUGGCCCAGCCUUGUGGAGUCAACCAGACUGUGUGUGAACCCUGCCUGGACAGUGUGACGUUCUCUGAUGUGGUGAGCGCCACCGAGCCGUGCAAGCCUUGCACGGAGUGCCUGGGCCUGCAGAGUAUGUCCGCGCCCUGCGUGGAGGCAGAUGACGCAGUGUGCCGAUGCACCUAUGGGUACUACCAGGACGAGGAGACUGGCCGCUGUGAGGCGUGCAGCGUGUGCGAGGUGGGCUCCGGGCUCGUCUUCUCCUGCCAGGACAAACAGAACACAGUGUGUGAAGAGUGCCCAGAGGGCACAUACUCAGACGAAGCCAACCACGUGGACCCGUGCCUGCCCUGCACGGUGUGCGAGGACACCGAGCGCCAGUUACGCGAAUGCACGCCCUGGGCUGAUGCUGAAUGCGAGGAGAUCCCUGGCCGAUGGAUCACAAGGUCUACACCCCCAGAGGGCUCUGACAGCAUGGCCCCCAGCACCCAGGAGCCUGAGGAACCUCCAGAGCAAGACCUCGUAGCCAGCACGGUGGCAGAUAUGGUGACCACCGUGAUGGGCAGCUCCCAGCCCGUAGUGACCCGAGGCACCACAGACAACCUUAUUCCUGUCUACUGCUCCAUCUUGGCUGCCGUGGUUGUGGGCCUUGUGGCCUACAUUGCUUUCAAGAGGUGGAACAGCUGCAAGCAAAAUAAACAAGGAGCCAAUAGCCGACCAGUGAACCAGACACCCCCGCCGGAGGGAGAAAAACUGCACAGUGACAGUGGCAUCUCUGUGGACAGCCAGAGCCUGCACGACCAGCAGACCCAUACACAGACUGCCUCAGGCCAGGCCCUCAAGGGUGACCUCUACAGUAGCCUGCCCCUGACCAAGCGGGAGGAGGUAGAGAAGCUACUCAAUGGCUCCGCAGGGGACACCUGGCGACAUCUGGCAGGCGAGCUGGGCUACCAGCCUGAGCAUAUAGACUCCUUCACCCAUGAGGCGUGCCCGGUCCGAGCUCUGCUGGCCAGCUGGGCUGCCCAGGACAGCGCAACGCUCGACGCCCUUUUAGCCGCCCUGCGCCGCAUCCAGAGAGCUGACAUUGUGGAGAGCCUGUGCAGCGAGUCCACUGCCACGUCCCCGGUGUGAGGAGCUCCCAGACCAGAAAUCCCUGUCCUGCCCCACAUUCCGAUGACUGAUGCUCUUAGCCAGCCCCCCCCCCCAGAACUGCCUCCCUCACUCCUGGGGUGGCCCAACAAUCAGAGCCGAGCUCCUCUGUGCAGGGCCUCCAAGCCCCGCUCCCCAAACCAUAGCCCUGUUGCUGCUCCUGAAGGGGGCCUUGCUUCUGACCACACAAUACUCCCUCUCCAGUGAGAGACAGGACUGCUCCAAGCCUGUCUCGCCCCAUUACCAUCUCAGGCCU